AUAAUAUAUAAAUAUGUCCUGCUGUGUUAGAUAGAGACCCUUUCACCUUGUCAUUCGCAUUUCAGAACGAAAAUAAAGCAUCAUUUUUCAUUCGGUAGAGUCUUCGCAUAGUAGGAAGAAUGCGUGCUGCUAUCUGGGCCAGUUCGAGUAGCGCCUCCGUCGUGUCGCUCCCGAAGCCGCCACCACCGGGUCCGAACGAAAUUCUUGUGCGCGUCAGAGCCGUCGCACUGAAUCCCGUGGAUUACAAGGUGAGGCUGUGGCCUUUGCGGCACAUCUACACGCCCACUCUAGGACGCGACUUCUCUGGUGAAGUGAUCGAAGUUGGCUCUGAUGUUCCAGCAGGUCGGGGACCAAGCAGCAACACAGAUGGGGCAUCUUCACCUGGUGCGGGCGAACAAGGCAUGAACCUUAAUGCUUUUCAACGCGGCGAUGCAGUCAUGGGAAUAACAGGUGGUGGCGGAAACGCCUGCGCAGAAUACGUGGUCGUUUCGGCUUCACGUGCAGUGCGAAAGCCACCAAACCUUUCGUUUGAAGCAGCUGCAGGUGUUUACGGAAAUAUUGAAGGCAACCAACCAGGUCAUAUUUGCAUAAGGAGACCAGUAUGAGUAAAGAAAAUAAAAAUUCUUGAGAGGGGUGAGCAAUCGUUCUUUUCCCUGGCGUAGAAACACUCGUAGCAUUGAAGCUCGGCAUACUAGGACUUUUAUUACUCGCAACCAGCAAGAAAAUUGGCAGGCAUAUGGUUGAUUUUCCGCUUCAUUAAAGCGGCGUUGUCUAUUUGACCGGCUACUGUGGACUCUUUGCGAAAACCGCGAAAAAAGACCGAAAAGCGAUUUGUGCGGGCCAGAGCAUCCUCAUAGCGGGUGGAUCCGGCGGCACAGGUACCGCUGCCGUGCAGCUGGCAAAAAGUGCGGGAUGCGAAGUCUACGCAAUAUGCAGCAGCAAAAACGAGCAAUUCGUUAAAGGUCUCGGAACCGAUGGCGUUUUCUUAUACGACGCGGUCGAAAAUAACGAGAGUCUAGUACGGAAAAUUCGUCAAGCGGUACCAAAUGGCUUUGAUCUCAUUUACGACACGGUUAGCAGUGGAGACGGCCCGGAUAUGAACUACGAAGCGAUACUGCGACCGCUACUGAAGGAUGCCGGGGCUAGUACUAGUGUCGCAUCAACGUAGCCCAUCCUUUUGUUCCAUUUGUCGGUGCUUUUCAAGCUGCUCAGAAAAUUCAAAUUCUUUGAGUUUUUGUGGAGAGGCACGCUAACCGAGUAUUCAUCUUCCAUCAAUCCCAACCGAAGUUUCACUCCCUUUUACUUAUUCACAAUACCAGGUAGUGCAGAUACUUCACCAUCAUCCUCACCGCCAUACUACGUUGCAUUGAAUACCCCGAAGCCGACAGACUGGAUUCGAACGAUACUUAGUGCAGCUGUUGGCCGCGAUCUUACACGGGGCGGCUACGACCUGUUUCUGCCUGACCCGUCAGCUGCGAAUUGGCGCUUUCUGGCGAAGUGGUUUGAGGACAACAAAGUCAAUGUACAAGUCGAUAAAACUUUCGACUUCACAGAUGAGGGCGUCACUGCUGCGUUUGUGCGAAUGAGAAGUCGCAGAGCUGUCGGCAAGGUGGUUAUCAAAAUCGCCUGAUCCGUUAGGGAGAAGCGAAAGUAUUCUUACAAAUUUGAAACGUGCUUUUGAGGGUUUUGAGGUGGGGCAUCUGCCAAGAACAUGAACUUUAUUAUCUGCGUGUGGUAAGAAAGACGCUAUUCUUGUUUUCUUGACAGUCACAGUCACUCAGCAUACCGAUUUUAUGACUAUACGCCUUGUUCGCCUAUGAAAACGCAUGAGAUUCUGCGCACAGAUGUUCUUUCGAUAGAUAUGAAAAGCAACAGAGGUACAGGAUCUUCUCAAGACUUCCGCUGCACUGCUAAUGAAUGUCCUCACAUCGAUGUUCCUG